AUGACACUUAAGAUUGCAAAGAAUCGCGAGCGAGGACUUCUGGAGUUCCGAGGUGACACAUGGCAAGAAAGCGCAAUGGCCACAUCAGCACCAUUGUUUGAAGGUGUUGAUGAGGAGUUCGAGCAUAUUGAGAAUGAGCCGAAAGUUUCAAAGCAACAACUAUGGCAUGAGCGUCUUGGGCACCCAGGAAGAGAUAAAGCUAAGGCGAUCACAAGCAAGUUAAAGGAUAAGCAUACCAUGAAAUUGGAUCCAAACACCGCUCUGACAUGUGAGCAGUGCGUACGAUCCAAGAGCACAAGCGCUCGGAUGGGGAAAGGUAGCGGCAAAAGAGCUGUAGGGCCCCUGGAUCUUAUCCACGUCGAUCUAAUAAUAGACUCGUCCCACGUGACGGAGUACACAUGCACGUUGGUGCUGGUCGACGAUCAUAGCAAGUAUGUGUAUGCACAGCCAUUGACACGAAAGAGAACGGAAUGGAAAAGCAAUGAUGCAUUAGAAUGGUCGUUAGAAAAGGGCAUAGAGUGGCAAACCACCGUAGGGUACAACAGCAAACAAAAUGGACAGGUAGAAAGAAUGAACAGGACCCUUGGAGAGAAGAUGAGAACGUUGCUAAUGCAGAGGAGACUACCGAAGAAGUUCUGGCCAUACGCGAUCAGAGCUGCGGCGUUCAAAAUAAACCUCACUCCGAGCCUCCUACGAGUGUUUGGUUGUCUGGCAUGGGUAAACGUACCCAAAGUUAAACGGGACAACAAGAAACUGGACCAGCGAGCCGUCGCAUCCAUUUUCUUAGGGUACAGUCUAGAGAGGAAGGGCUGGCUCUUCUACAGCCCGGACUACAAUCCAAACAUCUUCUGGAGCAACUCAGCAAAAUUCAUGGAAUCAAAGUGCUGGUCAGACAGAACAGAGUGGCGACCGGUUGACACAAAGGCACCCCCAAUGAUGAUGACAGAGGAGAAUUUCGAAGAUCUAGGAUACAACAAAGAAAAUAUAUUCGACGAAACAGAUGAAGAGCCACUAUGA